ACCAAAAAGAGGCGCAGCCGUCUGUGCAGACAGAAGAGAAGAGACUUGUGAGAGAAGUUGAAGUUUCCCCUGACCAUGGGUGGAUCGACUUCCAGUCAACUGGAUGAGACUACAUCCAACUACAUAAAAGAGCAUACAGAGACAGUGCUGAAGGGUUUCGGUCCUCACUUCAAACGGCAGUACCGUGUGACCCUUUGCUCACAACUGCAAGAGGAGUUGGAGCAGCAAAACACCAGCCCGGCACUACUUCUCAAACAGAGGGAGCAAGCAGGUGCGUGUGAGGUCCUCUACGAGGGGAGUGUCUCACAGUGUGAGGAUGCCAAGAAGUGGAAGGGCAGAUGGGCCACUCUACGAAACCACAGCCUGGAGCUCCAUGACAACCAGGAGAUGUGUAAGAGAGGGACUCCUGCACGUCAGAAGCUGAACCUAGUUGGGGGCACUGUGGUCACCUCAAGGGAGAAGUAUGAGGCUUUAGUUAAUAAGGCCAUUCCUGAUCUGAACAAUGGACAAGAGGACUCUGCCCCUGAGCUGGUUCCCUCCACUGCAUUUCCAGUGUAUCUGAGGUUACCAUACCGACGCGAUGUUUACCUCUGCUGCCAUGACGACGAACAGUGGUGCCACUUCCUUUGCACACUCAGUCACAGCAUCCGCCAUCAGAAUCAUGACUCUCUGCACAAACCUACGUGUGAGAUGCAGGCCUUCCUGGCAGCCAUUCACUUCCACAGACAGGAGAAAGGCCACUAUGAAUCAUGGGACAUGCUCGUAGGGGACGACGUACAGGUCCUCACACAUCUGGUCAUGGAGGGGCUUAUUCCCUACCUGCAGAAGGAGCUGAUUCCACAGCUGAAGGGAAAGAGGGCAGAGAAGAGGAGGGCCUGGUUGUCUUUGGUGGAGGCUGCCCACACGCAGGUGCUGGCUCAGGUGCAGGAGGCACUGCAGAGCUUGAAAGAGGAGUGCAGUGCAGCAGCCCAACAGCAGGGGGUGCUGCUGCGCUCCAACAUGGACCAUAUCAGCUCCUCUUGCGCCUUCCUGGAGACCAAACUUAAAGCCAUGGUGUUGGAGCGAACCCAGAGUGUGUGUGCAGAGCAUGUCAAUCCGUACCUGAGCUCAGUGUUGGAAGAGCUGCUUGGGCCCGUCAAUGGCGGCUUCCAGGCCGUAAGACAGCUGUGCGAUGAACAGCUGGAGCGACUCUGCAGGGACGUCCGCCAGGGUUGGACCUUCCAGCAGGUCCAGCAGGCCCUCCAGCAGGCCAGUAAAACAGAGUUGGAGGAGAGCUUCCAAAGACUCGACGCUCUCCAUGAGAAGCUUCAGGAGCUCCAGCAGCGCUUCAGCUUCUCCAACACCACCAAGCUAGUGCAAGGCGCUCAAAAACACAUGCAGCAGCUGAUGGACAAUGCGAUGUACACCUUUGAGUCUCUGCUGCAGUCUACUGUGAAAGACAACCCUGCACAGCUGGUGUCUGUCAUGGAGAAGGCCAAAAUGAGAGUCCUGAAGCAAUAUGACUACGACAGCAGUACAGUGCGGAAGCAAUUCUUUCAAGAGGCACUGAUGGACAUCACACUCCCCGUGCUGAGGAGACACCUGAGCCCCUCAUGCAGACCUGAGCUGGAGAAGUUUGAACAGUACAUAUUUGCAGAUUGCACUGACUUCAUAAAUGUGGAGAAUGUCUAUGAGGACAUUCUGAAGAAGACUCUCACCCCUGAAGUGAAUAAAGUGGUGAAGGAGGCAGCCAGUCAGAAGAAGCACAACCUGUUUGUGGACAGCUCCGACCUGCAGGCCAUCAGCCAGGGCAGUCUGAGCGGCAGCCGGACGCCUCCUCCUCUUCUGUCGGACCCAUCCAGCCCUUCCAAGCAGGCGGGCGCUACGUGCUUCCAGUUCCAGUCGGCUGACUUGAAGCCCUCCCCUCUGGUCAGCAGAGUUGGGGCGUCUGAGUGUCAGAAGGAGGAGGUUGCAGAGGAGCCACAGGACCAGCAGGAGAAGCAGGUAGAAGAAGUGAAGAAAGAGGACCAGCAGGAGAAGCAGGUAGAAGAGAUAAAGAAAGAGGAGCAGCAGCCCAAAGAAGAACAGGAGCCCCUGAGACAACAGAAGGAGCAGGUAGAAGAAGUGAAGAAAGAGGAGCAGCAGGAGAAGGAGGUAGAAGAAGUGAAGAAAGAGGACCAGCAGGAGAAGGAGGUAGAAGAAGUGAAGAAAGAGGAGCAGCAGCCCAAAGAAGAACUGGAGCCGCUGAAACAACAGGAGGAGCAGGCCAAGGAGCAGGACAGAGUGGCCCAAGUUGCUUUGCCAUCUGUCGAGCUUAAAGCGGAGGUGUCUCCUGAGCCACCGUCCAGUCCUGAAGCUCUGUCAUUUUUGGAGGAGCCUGGACCGGUGCCCACAGACUCCUCUACGGCCUGCACAGACAGAGCUAUCUAUCUCAACCCACCCGCGGGGGUGCCAGCCGGCAGCGCAGUGCCUCUGGCUGAAGACGACGACUUGACCCCACCUGUGCUUACCCAGGUAGCUAAGGCUGAGGCCUCCAGUAUACCACCAGGGAGCAGCAGCGAGGAGACGACAACAACGACAACAACAAUGGUGGCGGUGGUGGCUGCUGCUCUGACACCACAAGCUGGAGGUGAGGGGAGUGUGGAGGAGUCAGAAGGUGGAGGUGGUGGUGGUGGUGGUGGGGGUGGUGGUGGUGCGAGUCUAGAGGGGUCUGGCGGUCAGUCUGCUGAGGGGGAGACCACCUCCUUUGGACUGGUGACCUCUGAGCCAACAGCAGAGGGCACCAAAGCACUUCCAUCAGGCACGCGUGAUGCGGAGGAGGACGACAAGGUGGAGUCUUUUGACUGUGUGAAAGCAAUACGUGAUCUGGUGGUGGAGGUCAUUGAGGUGGAGGACAUCAUCAAGCCCUGUCCUGAUGGCAGCUCUACCUAGAGGCUGCGCACUCUGAUGGACUCGUAUAGUCAAAGGCCGAACAGCCUGAGUCACCAGGACCUUAUAGACAGUAAUGGAAACACAUUUUCUAGACUAGAUAACUAGACUAAAUACAUGUCAUUGACAUAGAAGGGCUUAAUACUAACAGCUGUACUAGGACUCGAUAUUUGGCUUUUUAUUUGACUAACCAAUAGGACAUGCAGUCAAAUCUUGUAUUUUCAUACAACAGUAUCUAUAUUUUUAACGCCUUACACUAUAUUUUCUUGCCUAAUACUCUGAAAUGAAAAAAUCUCAAAUAAGCAAACAGUGACCCUCACUGAAGAACCUUCUUCUUUGCAUCAACAGAGAAACUUGAUGCAUUAAAUGGUUUAAAGCAA